CGACAUGGCUUUGCCUCUCACCUUGGUCACUCUACUUUUGCUGUCAUGUUUUGGUUCCGUUAAUGCUAUUCUCAACAAGUGGGAGGCUACUAGCUUCUGCAAAUGCAUCUGCUUCCAGUCAAACUAUUCAAUUCUCCACCUGGAUUUCCCAGACAAUCCGUCGCAGCCUUGUCUGUCGUGUACGAAACAGUGGUGUCUGAACCAGAAUCUCCCUAUCUGCGCUGGAGCUUCCCUCGGAGACACUGACCCGGACACGGCAACAGGAAAAGAAGGUGAUGUGGAAGCGAGAUGUUUUCAGCGUGAUUCACCACGAGACCAGCUGGUGGUAACGCUGUUUCUAUUGACGGUCUUUGGCCUUCUGCUUAGUGCAGGAAUAAAGAGCCGUAUGAUCAAGGCUGGCAUUGAUACUAGUGUCCCGUGGAAUGCAGGCCGAAGGUGGUGGGAGGACUGGACACCUCGACGGCAAUUCCAGGAGCUUGGACUUUCUCGGUUGGGAACAGCUGGACGGUCACGAUAUCAGGGCGAGGAAUACAUGCGAGUGAAUGACGAGGAUAGUUAGUUAGAUACUGGAUCUAAAUUAGCAGUAGAUUGCCAAGGA